CAAAAGGCGAACUCCAUAUAUCACGAACAACCAGUUUCAUAAUUUCAAUAGUCGAGCAUGAACAAUUGAUCAUUUUGAGAAAACUGGUCUGUAUCUCCCAUACUCACAACUUGUAGUCAUCAAAUUUUCGCUUGAUCAACUUCACAAGAUUCGCUACAGAAGUUGAAACGAAAUGGCAAGCCAGUGUGAAUCAUCGUAUUAUGGCCCCUCAUUCACAGAAGUAUGUCCGGGUAGUAGUUUCUUUCUCUUCAUGUCUUUGGUUGAUGCCAUCUUUAGGAAAACGAACGACGUCGCCGAUCCUUGUGAAAGAAUUCGACCUAGAAGGAAGCCGGAUUCGUCUUACGACUUCAUAGUAGUUGGUGGGGGACCAGGUGGAGCAACUACCGCGGGGAGACUUGCUCAAACUAGGAAAUGGAAGGU